CUCUGGUCUGGCGGCGGCGGCGGCGGCGGGAACUGGUCCCCGCGUUCGGCCGGGCGUCCGGGCGGGCGGCAUGGAGGGGCCGCGGGCCGCCGCGGCCGGGGACGUCUCUCUGCACAACUUUACCGCGAGGCUGUGGGAGCAGCUCGUCCACUUCCACGUCAUGCGGCUGACGGACUCGCUCUUCCUGUGGGUGGGGGCCACGCCGCACCUGCGUAACCUGGCCGUGGCCAUGUGCACCCGCUACGACCCCAUCCCCGUGUCCACCGCCCUCCUCGGGGACACGUCAGACCCGACGUCCACUGGCCUCGCCCAGCGUUUAGCCAGGAAGACCAGCAAACAGGUGUUUGUCAGCUACAACCUCCAGAACACGGACAGCAGCUUCGCGUUACUCGUGGAAAACAGGAUCAAGGAGGAGAUGGAGGCUUUCCCGGAGAAGUUCUAGGUGGGCGGCCGUGGGGCUGGGACCCGCCCUGCGGACUCUGAAUAAAUGCGGCAGCUCUCGCCAGGC